UUUUUGAAGUGUUUUUGUUAUUUUUUUUAUUAUAAUAAUAAAACAUGGUUGACUUUGGUGGUGGUGGAAAUAAGGGAGAUCGGUUUGUUUGUCCUAGUGAUCGACAAUUGGCUUUAAGAGCAAAAUUAAAAACUGGAUGGUCUGUGAAAACAGGAUCCCUAGGACAACCGCAUCCCCCUGUAAAUGAACCAUUAUCGAAUACAGAAACAGAAGCAAUUUUAGCUGUUGUGAAACGGGCUGAACAAGAAGAACGUAAAGAGGCAGAGCGAGUUGGGAAAUUAGUGGACCGUUUAGAAAAUAUGCGUCGAAUGGCCUUAGGUAAAAGUCCAACGGAAUGUUUACUUUGUGGGGAAACUUUUGGUAUGUUAUCUGGUGGACCACGAAUGAUUUGCGUUGAUUGUAAAAAAAUGGUAUGUAAUAAAUGUGGAGUGGAAACUUCAUCAAAAGGUCAUAGAGAAAUGUGGCUAUGUAAAAUAUGUUCAGAAACUCGAGAAAUGUGGAAAAAAUCGGGUGCAUGGUUUUUUCAUGGUCUACCACAAUAUGUUCUACCGCCAAAUUCGAAAUUAUUACAACAACAAAAUCAACCACAUACAAGUCAUGUUGCUUCCAUCAUACAGCAUAGUACGAAAUUUUCAGCCGCCAAUAAACAAGAAGAUACAGGCGGCGGAAGUUCUGGAUCAGAUGAUGAUUGUAAGAAAUCAUCAUUUUAUUCAAAACCAACUAAAGUUGUUAAAGAUUUAAGUAGUGAACGAAUUAGUGGAUCAUUUGAUCAUCAACAAUCGUACCACCAAAAGAGUCCUAAUAGUCGACAAAGUACAGUGUCUGAAAGUGGUACAACUCGAUCAACGUUAAGUAGUGUGACAUUUUUUGAGCCACCUCAAUAUAUACCGGGUGAACAAGAUUACGAGCGUACGUAUAGUUUAUCUGGUAGUGAUUCGUUACAUAGAAGAGAUUCAAUAACAAGCAAAAGUGAUAAUACCUCAAGUGCAGAUGAUAAAGCAUCGCUUAGUAAUAUUUCGACGUUAAGUGGUGGUAGUAGUUUACAGGGAAUACCCGAAGCACACAUUAACACAUGUCCGCUAGAUGCGUCAAUGGGAACAAUUGAGUUAACGAUACAUUACGAUUCAUUUUCGAAUGUUCUACAUUGUACAGUGCAUAGAGCUAAAAAUUUAACACCAAUGGAUAUAAAUGGUUUAUCAGAUCCAUUUUGUAAAUUGAAUAUAUUACCUACAAACAAUCCAUCAACACGUUUACGUACGAAAACCGUGCAUAAAACACGUAAUCCAGAAUUUAAUGAAACUGUCACAUUUUAUGGUAUAACGGAUAAUGAUAUUAUGAAAAAAUCAUUGCAUGUCUUAGUUUUGGAUGAUGAUAAAUACGGUUACGAUUUUAUGGGUGAAUCAAAAAUCGCAUUGAAUGGUUUACGUGCACAAAGUUCUUUGAAGGUGUCAGCCACAUUAUGUGGUCCAUCACCAGCUGGAGACUAUGCUCCUGAUACUGAACAUAUUUGUUCAUUAUGGGGUGACGUACCAAAUACACGUGGACAAAUACUAUUAGCAUUAACCUACAGCACAAAAAAACGAGCCUUAGUAAUUGGUAUAAUUCGAUGUUCACAUUUACCACCCAUGGACAGUAAUGGAUUUUCGGAUCCUUUUGUUAAACUACAUUUAUCACCAGAUCCACAUCAUAAAAAAUAUAAAACUUCAAUUAAAUGGAAGACAUUAAAUCCUGUAUUCAAUGAAGAAUUUACAUUUGAAACACGGCCUAAUGAAUUAACCACACAGAGCUUACGGUUAACUGUUUGGGAUAAAGAUUAUGGUAAAAGUAAUGAUUAUUUAGGUGGAUUAAUUUUAGGUAGUAUGUCAAAAGGGAAACGUUUAAAACAUUGGUUAAAUGUAAUUAAGUUUCCUGAUCAUCGACACGAAGCUUGGCAUUAUCUUACUGAAGAUAUGGUCACUGAUUAA